GAGCAGCGCGGGCCCAUGCAGGACGCGGAGAACGUGGCGGCGCCCGAGGCGGCCGAAGAGCGGGCCGAGCCCGCGCGGCAGCAGCCGGCCGCCGAGCCGCCGCUGGAGGAAGAGCCGGCGGGGCCCGGCGCGCCUGAGGCGGCGCGGGUCGAGGACGCCGAGGAGGAGGCGGCGGCCGGGCCAGAGCCCGAGCUGAAGGCCCAGGCGGAGGAGGUGGUCCCUGGCCCGGCCGCGUCUCCGCCGCCCUCCCAGGAGCCCGCGCCGCAGGCCGAGCUUCCCGCCCCCGCGCAGGGCUCUGCCUUGGCGGAGCAGGUCAGCGACCCGCCUGCGGAUGGCCCGGCUCAUGCGUCUGCAGAGGAGGCUGGCGGACCCGAGGGCAGCGCGGCUGAGGCCGAGCCGCGCGUGGUGGAGAACGGCGAGGCGGAUGAGCCCUCCUUCAGCGACCCCGAGGACUUCGUGGACGACGUGAGCGAGGAAGAAUUACUUGGCGAUGUACUCAAAGAUCGUCCCCAGGAAGCAGAUGGAAUCGAUUCGGUGAUUGUAGUGGACAAUGUUCCUCAGGUGGGGCCUGACCGACUUGAGAAGCUCAAAAAUGUCAUCCACAAGAUCUUUUCCAAGUUUGGGAAAAUCACAAAUGAUUAUUAUCCUGAAGAGGAUGGAAAGACAAAAGGGUAUAUCUUCCUGGAAUAUGCGUCUCCUGCCCAUGCUGUGGAUGCUGUAAAAAAUGCUGAUGGUUAUAAGCUCGAUAAGCAGCACACAUUCCGGGUUAACCUCUUCACCGAUUUUGACAAGUAUAUGACGAUCAGUGAUGAAUGGGAUAUUCCAGAGAAACAGCCUUUCAAAGACCUGGGAAACUUACGUUACUGGCUGGAAGAGGCAGAAUGUAGAGAUCAAUACAGUGUGAUUUUUGAGAGUGGAGACCGGACUUCAAUAUUCUGGAAUGAUGUGAAGGACCCUGUCUCAAUUGAAGAAAGAGCGAGAUGGACAGAGACAUAUGUGCGUUGGUCUCCAAAGGGCACCUACCUGGCAACCUUUCAUCAGAGAGGCAUUGCUCUUUGGGGUGGAGAGAAAUUCAAGCAAAUCCAGAGAUUCAGUCACCCAGGGGUUCAGCUCAUUGACUUCUCACCUUGUGAAAGAUACCUGGUGACUUUUAGCCCGCUGAUGGACACUCAGGAUGACCCUCAGGCCAUAAUUAUCUGGGACAUCCUUACUGGGCACAAAAAAAGAGGAUUUCACUGUGAAAGCUCAGCCCAUUGGCCUAUUUUUAAGUGGAGCCAUGAUGGUAAAUUCUUUGCAAGAAUGACGCUUGAUACCCUUAGCAUCUAUGAAACUCCUUCAAUGGGUCUUUUGGACAAGAAGAGUUUGAAGAUUUCUGGAAUAAAAGACUUUUCUUGGUCUCCUGGUGGUAACAUAAUAGCCUUUUGGGUCCCUGAAGACAAAGACAUUCCAGCCAGGGUAACCCUGAUGCAGCUUCCUACCAGACAAGAGAUCCGAGUUAGGAAUUUGUUUAAUGUUGUGGACUGCAAGCUGCAUUGGCAAAAAAAUGGAGAUUAUUUGUGUGUUAAAGUAGAUAGAACUCCAAAAGGAACCCAGGGUGUUGUCACAAAUUUUGAAAUCUUCCGAAUGAGAGAGAAACAGGUACCAGUGGAUGUGGUUGAGAUGAAGGAAACCAUCAUAGCCUUUGCCUGGGAACCUAAUGGAAGCAAGUUUGCUGUGUUACAUGGAGAAGCUCCACGAAUAUCUGUCUCUUUCUACCAUGUGAAGAGCAAUGGGAAGAUUGAGCUCAUCAAAGUGUUCGACAAACAGCAGGCAAACACGAUCUUCUGGAGCCCUCAGGGGCAGUUCGUUGUGCUGGCUGGUCUGAGGAGUAUGAAUGGUGCCUUAGCAUUUGUCGACACUUCCGACUGUACUGUCAUGAACAUUGCAGAGCACUACAUGGCCUCUGACGUCGAGUGGGAUCCAACUGGGCGCUAUGUGGUCACUUCUGUGUCCUGGUGGAGCCAUAAGGUGGACAACGCUUACUGGCUGUGGACAUUCCAAGGACGCCUUCUGCAGAAGAAUAAUAAAGAUCGCUUCUGCCAGCUGCUGUGGAGACCACGGCCCCCCACACUUCUCAGCCAGGAACAGAUAAAGCAAAUUAAAAAGGAUCUGAAAAAAUACUCUAAGAUCUUUGAACAGAAGGACCGUUUGAGCCAGUCGAAAGCAUCAAAGGAAUUGGUGGAGAGGAGGAGAACCAUGAUGGAAGAUUUCCGGAAAUACCGAAAAACGGCCCAAGAACUCUACAUGAAGCAGAAAAAUGAACGUCUAGAACUGAGAGGAGGGGUGGACACUGACGAGCUGGACAGCAACGUGGAUGACUGGGAGGAGGAGACCAUUGAGUUCUUUGUCACUGAGGAGGUGAUUCCUCUUGGGAACCAGGAGUGACCUGAGCACUGUGUGCAUCACCACAUCGUGCCCUGAAGCGGAGGCCACCCUUUUGCAGAAAGCCUGCACAACUCUGAAUCUGUACCUGUGCUCUCUCUCACUCUGGGCUGUGAACGCACCUGGGAUUCUUCCAUCCUGACACUUUUUUGUGCCUUUAAACCCCUGGUGUGCACAGUGGGGAGGUUUCGAGGCACUGCUUUGGUUUUUCUCAUCUGGAUUUGUCAACCACCAGUGGUUGCCGAGCAAGACUCCCAGCGGUGCUCCUGUCGUCUCCUCUCCUCCUGCGGUGGUGUUCCAGGGGUUCCACCUGCUGCUGAGCUGGGUUUUAGUUCAAGGACUCACUGUUUUCUAUGUGGGCCAGUGUUGGGUGCGUCCUGGUGACUGGCAGGGGGACAGCAUACUGCCUGUGUCCCACCGAGCUCAGAGGUGCCAUGGCCGUGGACUCCGUGGUGCAGGUGUGGCAGGUUCUCUCAGCAGGUUGAAUGUGGAAAUAAAGCAACCCUGUGUGAAAAAGCUGUCUUUUCUCCUCUUUGCAUGUAGGUAAGCGCCUUGACUCUGGUGCCUCUGUUCCCCUUCUCCCAGGACUAAGGGUCUGUAGCCAGGCCUGGCGCGGGGGAGCUGGCAGUCAGUCACUCCACACAUAUACUUGGCUUGCAGGGAUCCUGAUGGCAGCUCGGAGAACCCAGCCUCCCACCCACUCUGCUGCCUUUCCAGCCAUGAGUUGGUCCAGUGGGUCCAAAAUAGUUUCUUCAGUUUUUUCAUUCUAUGGGGAAAAAAAAGUGCAUGUCAUUUCUGAAAACCCUUUAGUCUUUCUGGAGUUAGACAGAAAGUUUGUAUUGAGUGCAUCAGUUCAGCCACUGUGAUGUCGUCACAAUAUUUACUUUUACUAUUGAGAAGGGAGUGAACAGAUCCCUGUGGCUUGUCAUUUUCUCUGUAGUGUCUUGCCACCCAUCUGUGCCUUGUGAUAUUGCAUUCUCUCCCACCUCCUUCCCUGCAUCUCACAGAGCCUGAAGUUGUGCUAAAAUAGCAGGACACACGGGAGGGGCUUUCUAGGAUCCACAGCCAUGCGACAUCUGCAAAUCUAAGGCAUGCUUGAGAUGGCAAGAUAGGCUGAUCUACAGGCAGGGACAGGGGCCAAGUACUGCCCUUGAGACACUCAGUUGGCUCCUGACAGGUUGCUGCCUGGUCCCAAGCUCUUAGCUGAGUGUCCUCAGGAGUGAGGCUGUGCCCCAAGCUUAUCUGGCCUGUCAUGGAGGCUCCAGGGUGACUGACUGGGUUUCCCUGGGGCAUGGAAGGGGCUUUGUACCUUUCCCUUCUUGUGAGACUUCCUCUCGAUUCUGUCACUGUUAUAGUCCUGCCAUGUCUCGCCCCUAGCACCCAUUUCUAUAGUAUUCCUGUUCACUCUCAGUGCUUCAAACUCUAGAAUGCUCUUUUCUAAUUUCAUGGCAAUGAGAAGGUGGCACACUGUUCUAUCAUUAACAGGUUUUUAACAACUUUCAAAAGUUUUUUUCACUGUUUUAAUUUGUAAUUGUUUUACAUGAUUUAUAAAUAAAAGGAUUUCUGAAA